UAACCCACGUAACACACGCAGCGCCUUCUCCAUGUCGGUUUCAGAAGGGAAGCCGAGGCAGAGGUUGGGUGCGGCACCCAGCGAGCGGCAGGGCAGUCCUGUAGAAAUAAUUAGAACAUUAAAAGCCCCAGAAAGUGCCACUAGUUUAUAGACGGCGAGCCCAUUCAUCUCCCCCACCAGAUAUUUCUCCGUUUUAAUUUCUUCGUUUUAAGGGCUUCGAUCUUCCACUUUCUAGCUUCUGCGGUUGAAGUACCCUUCUUCUUCCUCUUUCUACAUGAAUAUCUCCGGCGGGAUCUGAAUGCUGCUAUGACAUGAGUAAUUCGGCGAAGUAGGCUUUCCAGCUGUGUAUAACAUGAAUAAUCUGGGGGAGGUGGAGGUUGAAGAGGAAGAAGAAGAGUUCUACGAGUCUCUUGAUCGUGUUCUUUCGUCUUCGUGUUCCUCUACCUCUGCUUCAGAUGACGACGGCGAGUAUGGCCAGCACCAGAGCCAUCGUCGCCGAUCUCGCUUCCGGCCGGCUCCGGCGGUAUCCUUUGACCUCUGGCUUUCAGAACCGGGGACAGUGGAGGAGCGACGUCGCCGCUUGCUGAAUCAGAUGGGGCUUGCCGGUGACCAUUCUCUUGCGCGGGUGAAGCUUGAUGCUGAGGGAGUUGGGUUUGGAACCUGUCAUGUUAGGGAGGGGGAGAUGGGGAGAUCCGUCUCGUGCAAUGGCCUCUUUACUCGGCAAGACGCGAGCAGUGUUACCUCCUCUGUCGGAGCUUUCUCCCGCUCCAGAUCCGAUGGCUCUGUUGAACAUGGAGUUGUAAAUUGUCAGCAGCCGCCGGCCGCUGGUAAGCCCCCUCUUGUCAUCAGAUCGCGGCCGUCCGUGGGGGGAGGCGUCAAGGUUUACCUUGGCAAUGACAUUGCAGGAUUUGGCGAAGAAGAGGAUGGGAAGGGGUGCACGAUCAAGGACCUGGACAAUGGAAACGAGUUCGUGUUGAGAGAUUUCCGAGAGGACGGGUUGUGGAAUAAAGUAAGGGAAGUAGGAACGGGGAAGCAAUUCACGAUGGAAGAGUUCGAUGCAUGCGUUGGAAGUUCUCCCAUCGUGCAGGAGCUGAUGCGGAGGCAGAGCGUGGAGGAGGGAGGGAAUGGUAAAGGCUCGUCGGGCGGCCCGUCUAAGGACAGCGUUGGAUCCAGCGAGGGUGGUAGUUCGAAGAGGAGGUCCAGCUGGCUUAGGAGUUUAAAGAACGUUGUGAAUACGGGGAGCCAGCGGGAUCGUCGCAGCAGCGACGAGAAGGAUACUUCGUCCGAAAAAGGUGGGAGGAGGUCUAGUUCGGCUACCGAUGACAGUCAGGACAUGCCCCGGUUGCUUCACCACGGCCUUGAGCGGAUGAAGGUCCGGCAGUAUGGGAAGUCACAAAAAGAGCUUACUGGUUUGUACUUGAGCCAGGAGAUUCAGGCUCAUAGUGGAUCCAUCUGGACUAUAAAAUUUAGCUUGGACGGUCGUUACCUGGCUAGUGCUGGGGAGGACUGCGUCAUCCAUGCUUGGCAGGUGUUGGAGCAUGAGAGAAGGCCGGAUAUGUUGAUGGAUGGGACAGGGGAGGAAAUUCUUCGGGGAAAUCCUUUCCCAGCGGCCACUAGUAAUGGCUCGCCAAUAGGUAUACUUUCAGGGCAUGGUACGGAGGGGAGUUCUUCUGAGAAAAUGCGAAGGGCGAAGGAUGUUGGUGGUAGGAAGUCUUUGAGCUCAGGGAAUUUGAAGUUGCCUGAACAGGUAUUUGCCCUCUCGGAGAGGCCGGUUUGCUCAUUCAUUGGUCACCUUGAUGACGUGCUUGAUCUCUCCUGGUCCAAAUCUCAGUAUUUACUCUCAUCUUCCAUGGACAAGACGGUCAGGCUUUGGCACUUGUCUGGCAACUCUUGCUUGAAAGUAUUCUCACACAGUGACUAUGUGACAUGCAUCCAGUUCAAUCCUAUUGAUGAUAGAUUCUUCAUUAGUGGUUCUCUUGAUUCAAAAGUCCGCUUAUGGAGUAUCCCGCAUAGACAAAUUGUUGAUUGGAAUGAUUUACAUGAAAUGGUCACUGCUGCUUGCUAUACACCUGAUGGACAGGGUGCCUUAGUCGGUUCACAUAAAGGCAAUUGCCAUUUAUAUGACACAUCUGAUAAUAAGCUGCUGCAGAAAAGUCAAAUUUAUCUGCAGAACAAGAAAAAGAAGUCCAGUCAUAAAAAAAUUACUGGUUUCCAGUUUAUCCCUGGUAGCUCAUCAGAAGUUCUAAUCACCUCUGCUGAUUCGCGGAUUAGGGUCGUUGAUGGGAUCAAUCUCAUUCACAAAUUUAAAGGAUUUCGAAACACCAGCAGUCAAAUUUCAGCCUCCGCGACACAAAAUGGCAAGUACAUCAUCUGCGCCAGCGAAGACUCCCACGUGUAUGUAUGGCGGAAGGACUCUGAUACCCGUCCAAGUAGAACCAAGACCUCCAUCUCCAUCACACAAUCCUACGAGUAUUUUAACUCUCAGGAUGUCACAGCAGCAAUUCCCUGGCCAAAUUCUACCUCCACUCCAAUAGAAAACAACCUCAAUUCUCAAUCAAAACCAAAUAACAACAACUUAGAGUCGCUCAAUGAAACUACCCUUCAAAAUAAUGCCCCUUCGCCAGCAUAUAGUGAUAGGGUAUCAUCUACUUGGCCCGAGGAGAAGCUUCGUUCAUCAACUGGCAAACAUAACCGCCUGAGUAGUGGUGAUCUUUCAAAGCCCCCGCCGCCACUGCAAAGUGGCGGCUUGGCUUGGGGCAUGGUGAUUGUAACGGCUAGCCGAGGUGGCGAAGUCAGAGUAUACCAAAACUUCGGCUUUCCGGUUCGUACAUGACCGGCCAGAAAUAGCCACACUUCUCGCCAACUUUGUUUUGGCUGAAUCAAUUUCAUUUUGAGGUUUCAAAUCUUCGGUGUAUAGAGAAUGAAGAUGGAACAUAUUUAUUUGGCAGAUUGGGGGUCUCAUUUCUUUAGGGGUAUUCAAUUGAAAUAUCCCCUUUUUUU